AUGCACUUCUUCUCAAACAGUUUGUCUCACCCCCUCUUUGGGUGUUUUCUUUAUCGGUGUUCUGAUACAAACAAGGAACAAGGUGUAUUAAAUAAAAUCCGUGUAUUGGGAGUGGGUAAAGUAGGUCGCACGAGUGGCUAUGGGUUUGUUACCAUGAAGACGGCAGAGGAGGCUAAAGCAGCUAUGAAUGCUCUAAAUGGCCAUGAAUUAGAUGACAUAGAGGUGGUGUUAGUCACGGCUUUGCCUGAGGUGGCAGUAAAAAUCAUAAUUAAUAACGGACAAGAAAGGAAGACAUGGUCAAACCAUAUGAAUAGUACUGAAAUCAUGGAUAAAUUCGAGGCGAUCACUUGCCCGUGGAAAUGCCUACAACUGACUAUCUUUGCGACGAGGAUUAUUUCUGAGGCAGAAGACCUGGUUUUCGCUAAAAAAACAGUGGCUCGUCUAAACAGCCGCAAUUCUACGCUUAAAACACACAUGAUAAGUGUGUUUUUAAAUUUUGGGCAUGGUGCAAGUUUUGCUCGUCUGUUGGCUGAUGUGCUGUCAUUGAGCAGAUUAGUUUAUCUGAAUUAUAAGAAGCUCAACAGUCUAUUACAAACGAAACAAUCAUACUCUCUGGAGCAAUUGUAUUUUUCUGAAGACGAUGAGAAUAUUCUAUUCAAAUCAGACAGCAAUGCUCCCGAUGAAUUUUUUGACAACAGAAUUAAUAACACCAUCAAUGAAGGAUUGAAGGAACGUAUUUUAAAAAAGUAUCUCUGA